AUGAGAGCGCCUCCCAUUACAAAUGAUGUCUGCUACCGCAAUGGCAGCCAUCAGAUCAUUCAGGCAGUGGAUGGUGCUGUUGGUCUCGCCAUAUUGUCUCACAAUGGCCAUACGAUUCAAAUGUGGCAAAAGGAGGUCAAUUCUCAGAGUGUUAACAAAUGGUUGUUGUGGCAGACCAUUGAAAUGCAUAACAUUCAUGGGUUACCUGCUCAGAUUGAAGGAAGGAAGGCAAAGUUAUUUAUACUGGGAUAUGCUGAGGAUACUGAUGGAAUACUUUUAUAUAUGGACGACGGUGUCUAUAUGGUUCAAUUGAAGUUGAUGCAAUCUAGAAAAGUUUGUGACCCCCCCACAAAAGAAUACUAUCAUUCUUUCGAGAGUUUCUAUAUGCCAGGCACAACCAUUGCUCGUGGUUAUGAUAGAGCUGAAAUGUUGUGA